UAGUAAUGUGAGGCAAGCAAAAUGGCUUUCUUAAGAGUUUCUUAUGGUGUCAUGGUAGUGUUUUUCCUGUCUUCCACUCUUUCUAUAGCUUUUCCUGGUUUCAAUUUUAACUGGGGUGGUGGUGGUCAUGGUGGAAGUGGAGAAGAGUCUUUUGAUCUUAUCCCAGAAUUCUAUCAAUACUCAUGCCCUCAAGCUAAUGACAUUGUCAUGUCACUGCUGAAACAAGCCAUUGCAAAAGACCCAAGAAUGGCUGCCUCUCUGCUUAGGCUUCACUUCCAUGAUUGCUUUGUGCAGGGUUGCGAUGCAUCGGUGUUGUUGGACAAUAGCAAAACAAUCAUCAGUGAAAAACAGUCAAACCCAAACAGGAAUUCUAUUAGAGGAUUUGAAGCGAUAGAUGAGAUCAAGGCUAAGUUAGAAGAGGUCUGCCCUCUGACUGUCUCUUGUGCAGACAUCCUUGCGCUUGCUGCAAGGGGCUCCACAGUACUGAAUGGUGGACCUUACUGGGCACUUCCAUUAGGAAGGAAAGACUCUAAGACAGCAAGUUUCAAUGGCUCAAACAGAAACAUCCCUCCACCAAAUUCGACUCUCCAAAACCUCAUAACCUUAUUCAAUCGACAAGGCCUUGAUGAAGUAGACCUUGUAGCACUCUCAGGGAGCCAUACCAUUGGAAUGGCAAGAUGUGUGACCUUCAAGCAGAGGCUUUACAACCAGAAUGGAAAUAACCAACCAGAUGAGACUCUGGAGAGAACUUACUAUCAUGGUUUGACAUCAGUUUGUCCUAAAUCAGGGGGUGAUAACAUCAUCUCCCCAUUGGAUUUUGCUUCUCCAGCCAAGUUUGAUAACACCUAUUUCAAGUUGAUCUUGCUGGGGAAAGGGCUUCUCAAUUCAGAUGAAGUACUGCUGACAGGGAAUAUGGGCAAGACUAUGGAGUUGGUUAGGAGCUAUGCCGAAGAUGCAGAUCUCUUCUUCAACCAAUUUGCAAAUUCAAUGGUUAAAAUGGGGAACAUAAGUCCUAUCAUGGGUUAUAAUGGACAAGUAAGGAAGAAUUGUCGCAGAGUUAACUGAGGAAUUGAAUCUCCAAAU